GAAAUGACCCUGGGCGGGGUCAGGGAUCAAGUAACCCGCUGCUAUGGCGACCGUCGUGGAAGUUUGCUGCCUCCUCCUUGUGGCACUGCUUUGGGGUGGAACAAACCCUUUUCUGAAGAAGGGCACGGAGGGAAUAGAAAAGGUUAAGUCUAGAAACGUUGUCAUUCAGCUCUUUGUAGAGAUGAAGUUUUUAUUUCUUAAUUACAAGUAUUUAGUGCCUUUUCUUCUCAACCAAAGUGGAUCGGUCAUCUACUACUACACUUUGGCAUCUACAGAUCUGUCACUGGCUGUGCUUUUAUCAAACUCACUGACAUUUCUCUUCACUUUACUGACUGGAAAGUUGCUUGGUGAAGAGAUUGGUGGUAAACAGGCUCUGGUAGGAAUGCUGCUGAUUAUUGUAGGUGUUACUCUGUGUGUUGCCAGCACAGUCAACAAGGAGAGUUGACACAAAGACAGCUAAAGGAUUAAAUCGAGCUUUUGGUCAUAUUGCUGUGCUUGAUCAACUUGUAAAGUAAGGAUGACAUGAAGUGAAGAAUGGCAAACGAGAACAACUGUUAUCUGCAUGUAGCUGCGAAUUGGAGCAGAAUGAAUCACUCUCCAAGACAAACACUUUAAAGAUACGAAACUGCUCCACUGUUGGUAUAUUUACAUUACAUCAGAGACCUGUACCGGAGAAAAAAAUACUGUAGCUCUCUUCAGUCAGGUGUCAGAUUAGAGUCGUUUCAGUUCUUGAUUUCUGUUUAUUUGGAAGUCAGCAUUUUUAGAUCAAGACCUUCUACUGAUCCUUAUUAAAUUGAAUGGGAGGAACAACCAUUUCCUGCUUAUAGAACAAUGAUGUGUAUUUUUUGCCCCCGGUGAGGUGAGAAGCUUUGCAAUACUGACCAUCAAAGAUUGAAAGUCAUGCUGUAGACAGAUAGUUACACUCCAGUGAAUAAAUAAUGUUGAAUAGUAAUUUCAGACAAUGUCAGUGUUCCGUCCUCUGACCCUUUAAAUAUGAUUCCUGAAUAAUCUCAUGUGACUGGUAUUUUUUUAAAAUUGUGAUGCCUCCUUCCUGCCACUAGAUGGUAUUAAUACAUUUAUAAAUGUACAGGUACUGAUGUACAAAAUUGCCCUAUUAUGUAAUACAUAAAAUCAUAGACACGUGAUAUUAGAUUAGAUUAGAUUCCCUACAGUGUGGAAACAGGCCCUUCGGCCCAACUAGUCCACACCGCCCCUUGAAGUAUCCCACCCAGACCCGUCUCCCUAUAACCCACACACCCAUGAACAUUACGGGGAAUUUAGCAAGGCCAAUCCACCUAGCCCGCACAUCUUUGGACUGUGGGAGGAAACCGGAGCACCCGGUGGAAAUCUAUAUAUUUUCUAUGGAAUUUCCAAGAUUUUCUCAACUAAUUGCAUGUCUUGAUCAGUUUGCCUACAAUGGGGAUAGAAAAUACAGGGAGUUUCCCAUAUGGAGCUCUGGGAUAUGGAAAUAAUUUAUCUCCUGUAUUAAGUAGAUGGGUUUGUGAAUCUGAAGAGCAAAUUGGACAAAAUUUAAAUAGGGAAUCAUUUUGAUCACAGGGAAUGACCUAUUGUGAAGGGAUCCUUUUGAAUAACGUUUAUCAUCCAGAAAGAUAUAAUGUAUUUGACUUGAAUUAAUUUAAAUAAAAGACUAUCUUUUAGUGUUUAUGUUAA